AUUCAUUUAAUCAACGAUAAGAACUUUUAUACGUUGCUUUUUUAUAUGUAAUUUAAAAAUUAGAGGAGUAAUAUGACUUACUCUCGAACUGAUGUAUCACCAUUUGAAUAUAAUAUAGUGUUGGUAUAUAUGCAAGUGUCAUUACAUAAGUAUAUAUUGAGUAGUCAGGCUGCCGGGCGAUUAGUUUUGGGGAUGCCGUGAACUAGGACGGACUCAACCACAGACACUCUGUCUUUUCUAGUCACUUUCUAGUUAUUAAUAUAUUGUUCAUUGAUAACAUUGUUUUUAAAUGUUUAAUAUUUCGUUCUUAAUUUAAAAUAUUUAUUUUAAAUGCUUAGAUUCAAGUGGUGCCUUCGCAUUGACAGUGAAGAAAAUUUGAACAGUGCCAAUUACUGGUUGCCGCCAAACACUCUACCGGAUUGAAUGUUUAGUGAAGUUUUAUAAACUGCAUACUGGAUUUCAGUGUUUUUGACGAAUACUUUUGUAUUAAGGUGGGUCGAGGAGAAUUAUGCGUGGGGCGUGCGCAUGCGCUGUGGUGUGCGCACUGGUCGCGCUGUGCGCAGCCGAGUCGGGCUCACCGCGUGCAGCGCUGGACGAGGCCACGCGCGCCGCCGCCGAGCGACAGCUGCUGGCGCUGCUGGGGCUGCCGCGCAAACCCUCGCCGCCGGCGCCCGCGCCGCCAGUACCCAAAGCGUUACGUGUGCUCUACGACGAGCGCGGCGCGCUGCCCGCGACCGCUGCCAAUACCGCCCGUUCCUUCCACCAUACGACUACGCGGCUCGACGAUCGGUUCCCGCACGAACAUCGCUUUCGCCUGUACUUCAACGUGACUGGUGUGCCCGCCGACGAAGUGGCGCGCGGUGCCGAUCUAACGUUUCAUCGCGCCGACGGUGCGACUACCGCUCAACGGUUACUACUGUACGACGUAGUCCGGCCUGGACGACGCGGCCGCUCGGAACCCAUCUUGCGGCUUUUAGACUCUGUGCCGCUGAGGCCCGGCGCCGAAGCCGUGCGGGUGGAUGCCGUCGGCGCAGCGCGCCGUUGGCUCGCCGAGCCAUCAGAGAAUCAUGGACUGUUAGUACGUGUUAUCGAGCAGAAUGAGAACGGCACGGACGCGCGAUUGCCGCACGUGCGAGUACGGCGACGAGUCAAUGAAAGUGUCGAGCAAUGGCACGGGUUGCAGCCGCUGUUGCUAUUGUAUACUGAAGAUGAGCGUGCCCGGGCGGCUCGCGAGCGUGGUGAGACGAUACUCACACGCAGCAAGCGCGGCGCUGCGAGACGCGGCCACAGAGCGCAUCACCGCCGCAAAGAGGCGCGCGAAAUUUGCCAGCGACGGCCGCUGUUUGUGGACUUCGCCGACGUCGGUUGGAGUAAUUGGAUCGUCGCGCCGCACGGUUACGACGCGUACUAUUGCCAGGGCGAUUGCCCAUUCCCGCUAGCGGACCACUUGAACGGCACGAACCACGCGAUCGUGCAGACUCUAGUGAACUCAGUGAACCCGGCCGCCGUGCCGAAGGCGUGCUGCGUGCCGACGCAGCUCUCGUCCAUCUCUAUGCUAUAUUUGGACGAACAGAAUAAUGUGGUGCUCAAAAAUUAUCAGGACAUGAUGGUGAUGGGUUGCGGUUGCCGAUGACGAAGGCGCCGGCCCUGUGCGGACCUAGUGAUACUCGUGGACCCAGUGUACAUAUAGUAGUAGCGGCCUCGAUUUGUACAUAUCUAUCUGUGUAUAUAUACGUGUAAUUAUUAUUUUAUUGAAGUGAAGAUGUAAUAAAACAUUAAUUUUAUACAA